AUGAUGGCAAGACUCCCAAGUACUGCACUGCAUACCCUGUGGAUCCUUUUCUUUUCAUAUACAACAAAUGAAGUUAUGGCUGCAGGACAUGUACAGGAAUUUGCGUGCUUCACUGACUAUGACAAAGAGCUGGUUUGUCACUGGAAGGUGCCUGGACAAACUAACUGCUCCAAAGAAUUCCUGCUCUUCUACAGGAAGGAAUUUGGUUUUUCGCUAAACCAUGUGUGUGUCCCUGAGAAUGGAGAAGACAGUUUAAGGUGCACUUGCACAAUACGUCAGGAGUAUUUUGUAUCAGGCCUCACGUAUAUUCUAGCUCUACAGUUCAAUGGGACUGAGACGUGGAAUUACAGUGUUACACCAGCCCUGGUUGUUAAGCCAAGGCCCCCCCAAAAUCUUGCCAUUGAGAAAGCUGAAAAUGGUAAUUUCAAUCUGAGCUGGGAGGAGAGCUACUCUCCUCCAUCCAUGCUCUCUGGACAGCCGGUCAUCUAUGAAGUGAAAUACUGGAGGAAGCAGCACCCGACAGAGGUUUCUGUAAAAGCAAUUAACUACCAGGCAAAAAGCUUUGAAAUUACUGCAAGCUCCUUGAGGAGAGGCUAUGAUUACGUUGCAAGCCUAAGGUGUUACUACACAGACUACCCAGCCUACUGGAGUGAAUGGAGUGAAGAAGUUGAAUUUCACUACGAUUACCAAGUAACAGCUGAAGACGUUCUGCAGAUGGCUGUUCCUGUAUCCUGCAUACUGAUCAUGGCAGUAUCUGUGAUUUGUUACUUCUGUUUUACCAAAGUGAAGAAAGAAUGGUGGGAUCAAAUCCCAAAUCCAGCAAAGAGCCAUUUGGUCGUUAAAAAUGUCAAGUUUUCAGUGUUGUGCUACAUCGAUGAAAUUAAGUUCCCUUUCCAUGACUUAAAGCAGAGUCAUAUGGAAAACCAAAUAAGUUGCAAGAACUGUCUGGUUCAAAGUUUGUCAAGCCAAAACUUCAAGGGAAAAGAUAACAUCAGAAAUGUUGAGAAAUCUUGCAGUUGCCACAGCAAGGCUGGAGAGUGGUUUCCAAAAGGCAGCAGUGCGGUUUUAACCCCUGAGACAGUUAUGGUUGAAGAGUCUAUAGAAAUCUGUGAAUGUGUAACAGACAUUGAGGCUGAGAGCCAGGAAGAGACUAGUGACCAGCUCACCAUGUUUGAGCCUUGUGAGAGCAGUGUCAGUGCUUUCAGAGAGCACGCUGAACACAAUGAUGCACUAGCUAGCAUGUUUACUGAGCUCCUGGCAGAUGAAAACAACAUGCAAGACAAUAAAGACCCAGACAUCAUCAUAGGUGAGAAUAAAACCUUUGAGAAACAUGAGUCGGAAAAUCCAUCACAGCAAAACCCAAAAGAAAGCACAGCCCAGAGUCAGCAGCCAUGUGGUACGUCUCAUACAGUCUCCCUUUUCACCAAAGCCUCUCAAGAUGACUACAAUGGUAGUACAGCCAGCAAGAAGUCAGAACAAUCAGAAGAAUCCUUUGAAUCUGGCUAUCGGAGCUCCAGCAUAAAUUCUGCUUCUCUGGAUGCAAGAGAUCUUCAACGUAUGGGUCAGCAAAACCUUUAUCCAUGCAGUUCUGAAAGUCAGCAUGACUCAUGUUUCCUGAUCCAGGAAUCUCCAAAUAAAUCAUCCUUUGGGACCAAAAAAGACAGAAUAAGCACCACUGUGCACAAGAGUUCUGAGACUCUUGUGUCACCAUCCAUGGGGCUGUGUAGCUCUGCGUAUAAGAGCUUUGACACCCUUAUCUCUCCCUCUGUGGAGCCCUGCAAUUCUGCCUACAAGAGCUGUGACACCUUUAUGUCUUCAUCAAUGGAGCCCUGUGGUUCUGCCUACAAGAGCUUUGACACCCUUAUCUCUACAUCCAUGGAGCCCUGUGGUUCUGCUUACAAGAGCUUUGACACCCUUAUGUCUCCAUCCAUGGAGCCCUGUAGUUCUGCAUACAAGAGCUUUGACAUUCUUGUGUCUGCAUUCAAGGAACCAAGUGGCUCUGUGUAUAAGAGCUUUGAUACCCUUAUGUCUCAGUCUAUGGUUAACAGUAGCCUGCCUCUGUGCUUUGAAAAUGUGUGCUCCUCACCACCUCUGACAGAGUUUUCAGAGGCACAUGCAAAUGACAGCGCUUCAGCCUUCCUACCAGAGGAAGAAAUACAUAAGCAAGUAACGUAUCAAAAUGUUCAAAAGAAAGCAAAUAUAACUUCUUGCCCUGUUGGACCUCAACCAUCUGGUUAUCAGCCUUUCGAUAAUGCAGUUAAAUGUAAUGGUACAUACUGUGACAAUGACAGUGAGGUUAUCUCUAGGUCACUGUAUGAACCCUUAAUUUGUCUUUUGUACAACAACCUGAGAGAAACGCCUCCAGAUACCAUAACCUGUGAACCUGGCCAUAGGACAGAUGACCAUGUAUGUGUGAUUGUAAAGGGUUUUGACUGCAGCAUUGUCCCAGGUUUAGCCUCCAGUGAGAAUGUCACACAGGCCAGUGAUGGCAGCCUGUGGAUCAUCAACUCUAAUGAGCUGUCUAGUGGUAGCAAAGAUGAAAAUACCAGCAGAGACAAACAGCUGUUGCACUUGUUAGAGCUGAACUCUCAAGAUUUUAACAGUAGAGAAAGAACUGUAAAGGGGACAAAACCUAACAGCUUUAACUCUACUGGUAAAGGAAUGCAAGAAAGCAGCAGAAACGGACUAAAUACUGACUUUCACUGCCACACGCACAACCACUUGAGGAAGCUUGGAAAUGCAGGGGAAAAUAAAGAGGUGAUAAAGCAGGCUGUAGACAGGAGGUGUGGCUCAGCAACUAGCUUACCAGAAGAAUCAGUGUGCAGCACUGGGCUGAACUUAGAAAGAAAAACUGCAGAGCUCCUGGUCUCUGGCCAGUUGUCACCUCCUCAUUUUGUGGACAACUCCUGUCCUGAUUCUCACACCGUUCACAAUGAGGGUUCCAGCCUGGCACCUACAGCUAAAAAAAGGCCAGUAGAACUGUUGAGGGAAAGCCACAGGAAGAAGGAGAAAAAAAUGAAACUUGUACAAGCCCUUGCCGAGGAGGACAACUGCUACAUGAAGGUAGCCUAA